AUGUUGGAGUUGGGGCAACUCAAUCACCCGUCGUCUGUUAAUGUCGACUGCGUAGAUAGGACACGCGACUUCGGCAAUACGCCACCAAAAGGUCACGCAUUUGGAAAGCUUACGGAGAGGUUGAUGAAAUUAGGAGUAGAGAUUGAAGGGACAAGGCCUAUUCCACCUGAGCAACGCACCGACACGCGUAUCUACCAAUUAUUCUGGCUCUGGUUCUCAGUCAACUUCAACAUCUUGUCGUUCACCACGGGCACUGCUGGUCCAGCUUUCUUUGGUCUUGGAUUAGAAAGUUCUCUCCUCACCAUACUUUUCACUGAUAUCCUGUGA